ACCAAUUUCUGCAACUCUUUGUUUUGUCCAGAUUCCCUUCCCUCUUGUUCUGCCUUGUAAAAUGCAUGCUACUUGAGUCUGUGAUCAGGUAUCAAAAUUCAAACUUUUUUUGUAAAGCUCGUUGGGUCGUGUCAACAUAAUUCAGAGGCUGGUUCUUUGUUUUGGAGGUUGGAUCAUCGACAAGCUUUAGGUAUGGGUAAUCAGAGAGAAACGCAAGGGAACGGUGCAAGGUGUAUUUUUUUUAGUGCUCUACUUGCACUACUAUCACAGUUCUGCAAAGACCAUAAGGAGCGUGUUAUUAAAUGGUACAAAGUCCAUAAGGAGCGUGUUAUUAAAUGGUACAAAAUCUUAUUUGUAUCAUCGCGGGCGAUCGCACUAGCACUGGAUCCCUUGUUCUUUUUUGUUCCUGUGAUCCAUGAAGACAAGAAGUGCAUUAGUGAAGACAAAAAAAUGUGGAUCAAUGCUAUUUUUUGGCGAUCGUUCCUAGAUUUCAAAUACCUAGUGCAUUUUGUUGUGAAAUUUUAUAUUGAGAAGAACGAAGUUGAGCUUUCGCUCAAGACUCCAGGCGCAGAUGAGUCAAAAGGUCAAAGGUGCAAGUUUUGGAACUUCAGCCAAGAAGAAAAAGAGUUGUGGAAGUUGAGGAUGUGGUUCAUGUUCGAUAUUAUAGUUAUUUUUCCCUUUCCACAGGUGUUAAUGUCAAACAUACUUUCAGAAAUGAGACGCGCGGAAUAUACAAAUUAUGUAACAAUCUUGAACGCUGUUAUUCUUAUCCAAUAUGUGCCAAGAGUUCUUCAAAUAUACCUAUCCUUGAAGAAACUGGAUGAACAUAAAAAUAUUCCCAUACCGAUCAGAGCUUCAUUCAAUUUCUUUCUAUACGUCCUUGCUGGUUAUGUAUUUGGAGCCUUUUGGUAUUUUUUCUCAACUCAACGACUGACAUAUUGUUGGCGUAAAGCGUGUUUACAUCAUGGUGAAUGCGUCCAAGGUUCUUUUAGCUGUGACCACAGUUUUGGAAAUCUCUCUGUUUCACACGAUUUCUGCUCUAUUGAUUCAACAAAUACAAGAACCUUUGAUUUUGGAAUAUUCCUCGAAGCCCGUCGGUCCGGGAUCUUAGAGUCCACAGAUUUUCCAAAAAAAUUAAUUUACACUGCCUGGUGGGGCUUGCGAAAUUUAAGUUCUUUUGGUUCAAACCUCCAAACAAGUACGUACAUAUGGGAAAACGCCUUUGCAUAUGGAUUUUCUAUGUUUGGCCUGUUAUUAUUUCUUUAUUUCUUGGGAAACUUGCAGGUUUACAUGCAGGAUAGUGCUUCGGAAUCAAUUAAAAUAUCUAAAGCUGGAAAGUUGCUGAGAAAAUUGGGACAGCUUUACAAGAAGCGUGCUUCAGAAUCAAUUGAAAAUUCUGAAAAAGAUAAGAAUCUGGCAUUGGAUGAUGCUAAUUUUGACAAAUUAGUAACAGAAUUGGAACAGCUUUACAAGCAGUACAUUGCUUCAAAAUCUGGAAAAGAUGCAGUUCAAAAAUCUGAUGUUGGAAACUUACUAAUAAAAUUGGCAGAGAUUUACAAGCAGCCUGCUUCAACAUCAAUUGAAAAUUCUGAAACAGAUAAGAAUGUUGUUGAAAAAUUAGGAAAAGAAUUGGGACAGCUUUACAAGCAGUGUAAAGAUGCAGUUCAACCGAAAUCGGAUGGUGCUGUUGUUGAAGCAGCUUCUAUUUCAGAACCAGUCUAGUGCUGCAAUCACCCAAAGUGUUAAGUUGGUGCUUCAAGAAAAGUUCUGAAUCCAGGAGGAAUACCUGACAUUGUUAUUGCAAAGCAAUGGUUUAUUUUGAUGUCUAUGCUGUUUUAAGAUUUUUUUUCUAGUGAUGGAGUUGCUACUUGUUUGGAUUCUGAAUAAUAAUGGUAAAAUUAGGAAAAGAACAACGUGUGAAUUAUGUUUGAUGCACGGUAUUAAAUUCAAUAAGGAUUUGGUUAUAUUUAGUUAUUUACACC